ACUGAGGAAGAAGAAGCAGAGCAUGUCAGAGAAGGAGGGAGAGGUUGGAAGGUAGAUAGAGAACGAGAGAUGCAGUAUCACUGUGUGUGUUCCUGCAAGGCAGCCUGCAGCGCAUCCCUUUAUCCUGUCGUCAUGAAGCCUGAUGUGUUAUGGAGCUGCAAUGCACAGAUUCUCUGCAAAGGCACACAAUGCAGAUAGAAGUUCACCUUGAGCUGGACUACAGCUGUGCAACUCUGGACCUUGGGGAUUACAAGAAAUGCUUAUUGAUCUCAUCGCCAAGAACAGCAGAGAUUUUAUUGGAUCUGACAACCUGUCUGACUAUAAGUGUCUCAUUAAUCUUAACUUUUGGAUUACAAUAAGAUCUAUAUCACAACCUCUGACAGAGAGACUAAACGAACAACCCAGGACCUUAAAUCAAACAGGUACUUUGGCAGAAACUAGCUAGCUGUCUCUAAACCAGACAGCAUCCAGAUCUAAGAUUGGGACUUUAACUGCUCAAGCUGGAUCCUCGCAAAGCCACAACCAAGCAGGUCCUGCAGCCUGGAAACGGCCUGACCUUGGACCAGUUGUCACCUGAACCCCUUCUGGCACCAGAAGAAGUGCCCAGCAUGUCUCAGACCAGGGGGCGGUUCCACAACAAAAAAGCUGGCAUUCGGGCCGCUGUGAUCCUGAUUGGACUCCUGCACAAGUCUCGAAAAGCCAAGGAAAAGGAGAGAGAGAGAGAGGAGAGUGAAGGGAAGCAGGAGCUGCUCACCAUAUCCAGUGUCCCUUUGGGAGAAUGUCCCCCAUCACCCCCCCGCACUGCACCGCCCAGCAUGAAGUCUGCAGAGUUCUUUGAUAUGCUGGAGAGGAUGCAGGAUGAUUAUAUCCCCUACCCACGAAUAGAGGAUGUUCUGGAGAAAGGUGGCCCAUACCCCCAGGUAAUCCUUCCACAGUUUGGGGGUUACUGGAUUGAGGAUGUGGAGGCACCAGCAGGGACCCCCUCCUCCUCAGAGUCUAGUUUCUCUGGAGAGGAGGAUGAAGGAGAAGGCAUGAGUCCUGGUGGGGGCCACGGUUACCGCCUGGAGAGUAACAGCACAGCUCUAGCUUAUCGCAAACAUUUUCUAGGCAAGGAACACAUGAACUUCUUCUGCACUGGUAGCAGCAUAGGGAACCUCAUCAUGUCACUGAAACACGAAGAGGCUGAGGCACAGGAGUUUCUACGUAUUAUGCUUAGGUCAAGGGUGAAAACAGUCCAUGAAAGGAUCUCUUUAGCAGGCAUCAGCCAACUGCCCAGUGUUCCCCAGAUUGCCAAGCUUCUGUGUGACGAUGCCACAGGGCUGAAGUUCAACCCAGCGCUUUACCCAAGAGGAUCCCAGUUGGUAGUUGCCUAUGAUGAACAUGAGGUGAACAACACAUUCAAGUUUGGAGUCGUCUACCAGAAGUUUGGACAGACAUCAGAGGAAGAGUUGUUCGGGAACAAUGAGGAGACGCCGGCUUUCAAAGAGUUUCUCAGUUUGCUGGGUGACAAUAUCGAGCUGCAAGACUUUAAAGGGUUUCGAGGUGGGCUGGAUGUGUCCCACGGACAGACCGGGUCUGAGUCUGUCUACACUGUGUUCAGACGGAGAGAGAUUAUGUUCCACGUGUCAACCAAGCUUCCCUUCACUGAGGGAGAUGUCCAGCAGCUCCAGAGAAAAAGGCACAUAGGAAACGACAUAGUGGCUGCAGUCUUCCAGGAAGAAUCCACACCUUUUGUUCCAGACAUGAUUGCCUCAAACUUCCUUCAUGCUUACGUGCUGAUACUGGUCGAGAAUCCCUGCACAGAUCACACAACAUACAAGGUGUCUGUUGCAGCAAGAGAGGAUGUGCCUCCAUUUGGACCCCCUCUCCCCAACCCAGCUGUCUUUAGGAAGGGUCCUGAGUUUCGAGACUUUCUCCUGACAAAGCUGAUCAAUGCUGAAAAUGCCUGCUACAAGUCCGAUAAAUUUGCCAAACUAGAGGGGCGAACACGAGCUGCGCUGCUCGACAACCUUCAUGAUGAGCUUCACAGACAGAGCCAGGCAGCAUUGGGUCUGGGCCUGGCAGGGGAGGAGGACAAGCUGGAGAAUGGAGGACAUGGGGGUCUGCUGGAGUCCUUCAAGAGAGCUAUGCGUGUCAGGAGUCACUCCAUGGAGACCAUGGUUGGGUCUCACCGCCACCGGAGCUCGGGGGUGGGGGGUGGGGUUCCAGCUAGUGUGAGUGGAGGAGGACUGCCACAGAGCACCAGUGAGUGCACAAAGAGCACCUUCAUUCCUCCUGUGUUGUCAGCAAAGUCUCCUCUGAAGAGCCCGGUGAAACGGCGCUCUGGACUCUUCCCUCGUCUCCACUCCAGCACAGACACCCCAUCAGACAAACACUCACGCAGUGACCAAAAGCCAUCCGAUAUCUGCCUACUAACCCAAGAAGUGAGGUCGGAGACAUCAUCGAAUCCCAGUUCACCUGAGAUCAAAGAGGGGCCAUUCAUCAAGCUGAAAGAGUACAGCAGUGGGAGACCGAACAUCUCCCGUUCUUCAUCCAGCACCAGUAGCUUCAGCAGCACCACGGGAGAAAUGGAAGCUCUAGAAGAGCUGGAGACAGCCAGUCAUCAGUGUAUAGCGUCUUCUGCCUUUAGUCCAUCCCUCAGUGUGGAAAGCCACGGAUCAGCAGAUGGUAGGAGUAAGACUUCACCAAGGUCAAACCUGAAGUUCAGAUUUGACAAAAUGAGUCACUCGUCUACAGCUUCUGAGUAAUUUUGUGGAGAGACUCGCUCAACAAAAGGACAGCCCUGACAGAUGGAACUGCAAAAACGGUAUCACAACAGCAACUCCAUUAAGACUGUAGACCCACUUCAUUAAACCAAGGAUACCUGACAUGAUUACAAAGUGCAAGAGCCCCCACACACUAGAAACCAACUGACAAAGCCUUACAGUGGCUGUUUAGUAAGAAAAGAAGCAGAAAUGUUGGCUUUAUUUUUGACAGACCUUUAGCUGCAAACAAAUAGCCCAUACUUUGCCAUCAUUAAGUAGCUGCUUCAACUUUUACACAUGGAAGUACUACCAUGGUGUGAUACUGUGAGUGUGGGCCAAGCUAGACUCUGCCUCAGUUCUUUCUCAAGCUUGUUGUAAAACAGAAAGACACAACAAUGUCAAAGAAUGCUAUCAUGAGACUUUGAACUGUUAAUCUUAAUCUGACUGCUGAUUGUUCAGUGGAAAUGACAUCUUAAGGAAUCAUUAAAUGCCAGGAUAAUCCCUGUUGCCUUUGCAUUUGAA